UGGCGCCCUCACGUCCCUUCCCUCGCUCGCUCGCUCCCUCCCUCGCCGCCCGCCUCUCCGCCUCCCCCCCGUCGGCGCAGCGCUGUGGUGAAGCCGCAUUGUUUGUGCCGCGGGGGGAGGGGAGCCGCUCAGCCCCGGGAGCCGAGCGCCGAGCCCGCAGCCGGACGGCGACGCGCGCCGCGCCUCACGAAUGCGCCGCGCCCGGCGGCAGCAGCAGCCCCGCACCCAGCGCCGGGUGACCGCCGCGGGCAGCGCGGCCCUCGUAGCGCCCGCUCGGCCGCCCGCGGCUGCCGGACGCGGGGCCAGGCGGCAGCACCGGCGGGGCCUCCGCCAUUAACCCGGCCGAGCGUCGGCCGCAGCGGCGGAGCGGGAGGUCUGUCAGCCGCUCCUCGGCGGCUCCCACAGCGUAAACAUUACCAAAUGAGGAGAAAAGGAAGAUGCCAUCGAGUAUCGGCAGCAAGGCAUUCUUCUUCCCCAUGCAGUAUUAAGCACUCCCCGACACGAGAAACCUUGACAUACGCUCAAGCUCAAAGGAUGGUUGAAAUAGAAAUUGAGGGUCGCCUGCAUAGGAUCAGUAUCUUUGAUCCUUUAGAAAUUAUAUUAGAAGAUGAUCUUACUGCCCAGGAAAUGAGUGAAUGCAACAGCAAUAAAGAAAAUAGUGAAAGACCACCAGUUUGUCUAAGAAGCAAACGCCAUAAAAAUAACAAAGUGAAAAAGAAAAAUGAAGCUCUUCCGAGCUCACAUGGUAUACCUGCUACAACAGCUCCUCUUCCAGAACCAAAAGUACGGAUUGUUGAAUACAGUCCCCCUUCAGCUCCUCGGAGACCUCCAAUUUAUUACAAAUUCAUUGAGAAGUCAGCAGAAGAACUUGAUAACGAAGUUGAGUAUGACAUGGAUGAAGAAGAUUAUGCAUGGUUAGAAUUGAUCAAUGACAAGCGGAAAAGUGAUGGAGUGUCAGUUGUUUCCCAAAAUAUGUUUGAAUUCCUUAUGGAUAGGUUUGAAAAAGAGUCUUAUUGUGAGAACCAAAAACAGGGUGAUCAUCAGUCUUUAAUUGAUGAAGAUGCAGUGUGUUGUAUAUGCAUGGAUGGUGAAUGUCAGAACAGCAAUGUGAUCCUGUUUUGUGAUAUGUGUAAUUUAGCAGUACAUCAGGAAUGCUAUGGGGUGCCAUAUAUACCUGAGGGCCAGUGGCUCUGCAGACACUGUUUGCAGUCCCGCUCUCGGCCUGUAGACUGUGUGCUGUGCCCAAACAAGGGAGGUGCCUUUAAAAAGACAGAUGAUGAUCGUUGGGGACACGUGGUGUGCGCUCUGUGGAUUCCAGAAGUUGGAUUUGCCAAUACGGUUUUUAUUGAGCCAAUUGAUGGUGUCAGGAACAUUCCCCCAGCCAGAUGGAAGUUAACAUGCUACCUCUGUAAACAGAAAGGUGUUGGUGCCUGCAUCCAGUGCCACAAAGCAAACUGCUAUACUGCAUUCCAUGUGACGUGUGCUCAAAAGGCUGGUCUGUAUAUGAAAAUGGAACCUGUGAAAGAGCUAACUGGCAGUGGAACAACGUUCUCUGUGAAAAAGACUGCCUACUGCGAUGUGCAUACUCCACCAGGCUGCACACGGAGACCACUCAAUAUUUAUGGAGAAGCUGAAAUCAAAAACGGUGUUUGUAGAAAGGAGGGAUCAGUCAGAACUGCUAGGUCUACAUCAAAAAUCAGGAAAAAGACAAAAAAAGCCAAGAAAACAGUGGUUGAACCCUGUACAGUUAUGCCAACAGUAUCUGCUCCUUAUAUUCCCCCCCAGAGAUUAAAUAAGAUUAUGAAUCAGGUGGCCAUUCAGCGAAAGAAGCAUUUUGUUGAACGAGUGCACAGUUACUGGUUGCUUAAAAGACUCUCUAGGAAUGGUGUUCCACUCUUGAGAAGGCUGCAAUCCAGUUUACAGUCACAAAGAAACACACAACAGAGAGAAGAUGAUGAAGAAAUGCAAGCCUUAAAAGAAAAAUUGAAGUACUGGCAAAGGCUGCGCCAUGAUCUUGAAAGAGCACGUUUAUUGAUAGAACUUAUACGUAAGCGUGAAAAAUUAAAAAGAGAACAGGUCAAGCUUGAGCAGGUUACCAUGGAACUUCAGCUUAUUCCAUUCACUGUACUUCUGCGGUCGGUUCUGGAUCAGCUGCAGGAAAAGGAUUCUGCUCGUAUAUUUGCUCAGCCAGUGAACCUUAAAGAGGUUCCAGACUAUUUGGAUCAUAUUAAACAUCCUAUGGAUUUCUCUACCAUGCGGAAACGGUUAGAAGCUCAAGGCUAUAAAAACCUCACUGAGUUUGAAGAAGACUUCAAUCUGAUCAUAGAUAACUGUAUGAAAUACAAUGCAAAGGAUACAAUAUUUUAUAGAGCUGCAGUGCGGUUAAGAGACCAAGGAGGUGUAGUUCUCAGGCAAGCCAGGCGAGAUGCUGAAGGAAUUGGUUAUAACAAUGAAACUGGAAUGCACUUACCAGAACGGCCUAAGCUUGAGUCACCCCAGCCUUUCUCUUGGGAAGAUGUGGAUAGGUUACUGAAUCCUGCAAACAGAGCACAUAUGACCUUGGAAGAACAGCUGAGAGAGCUGCUAGAAAAACUUGAUCUCACCUGUGCAAUGAAAUCCAGUGGGUCAAGGAGCAAAAGAGCAAAGCUGUUAAAGAAAGAAAUCAGCAUUAUUCGCAACAAACUCAGUCAGCAGCACAACCAAGCUCCUCAGAUAGAGUCAGGUAUUGGAAGUUUCGAGGAAGAAAGUGCAGCAUUAGAGCAAGAUGGAGAAGAAGAAGGAGAUAAAUCUCCCCCUAAACUUGAACCAUCAGAUGCAUUACCUCUUCCUUCAAACUUGGAGACUAAUUCAGAACCACCAACCCUCAAACCAGUAGAACUCAAUCCAGAGCAGAGUAAGCUUUACAAAAGAGUAAAAUUUGAUAAUGAAUUAUAUAGCACUUCCAUUCAGAAAGAAAUAAAUGGACACACUCCAGAACACUUACUUGACAGUAAUCUCAAUGAGUCGACUGUUUCUGCUGUAGCUGAGUCAUCAACUGAUGUAAACAGACGUACAUCCAUUCUCUUCUGCAAAUCGAAAAGUAUAAGCCCCCAAAAGUCUGCAAAGAACACUGAAACCCAGCCAACUUCUCCACAGCUAGGGACCAAAACCUUUUUGUCUGUAGUCCUUCCAAGGUUGGAGACACUUCUGCACCCAAGGAAAAGAUCAAGGAGUGCAUGUGGAGAUUCUGAGGUUGAUGAUGAGUCCCCUGUAAAGCGCUUGGAUACAGGUCUGUCAAAUGGUUUUGGAGAUGAAAGUAAAGAGAGAGCAUUAGAUGAUACUCCAGGAAGAAAAGUUGAACCUCGUCGCCGCUGUGCAUCAGAAUCUAGUAUUUCAUCUAGUAACAGUCUCUUGUGUAACUCAAGUUUUAGUCUUCCGAAGUGUGGGAAAGGUAAACCUGCCCUGAUACGGAGACACACACUGGAAGAUCGAAGUGAGCUGAUAUCAUGCAUUGAAAAUGGAAACUAUGCCAAAGCAGCAAGAAUUGCAGCUGAAGUUGGGCAUAGCAGUAUGUGGAUUUCAACUGAUGCUGCAACAUCUGUUCUUGAGCCUCUAAAAGUAGUAUGGGCCAAAUGCAGUGGAUAUCCCUCUUACCCAGCUCUGAUUAUUGACCCUAAGAUGCCUCGUGUUGCUGGCCAUCACAACGGUGUUACUAUACCAGUGCCACCUCUGGAUGUACUGAAAAUUGGAGAACAAAUGCAGACCAAAUCAGAUGAGAAACUAUUCUUAGUACUAUUUUUUGACAACAAAAGAAGUUGGCAGUGGCUUCCCAAAUCCAAAAUGGUUCCCCUUGGGAUAGAUGAGACCAUAGACAAGUUAAAAAUGAUGGAAGGACGGAACUCGAGCAUACGUAAAGCAGUAAGAAUUGCUUUUGACCGUGCUAUGAAUCACCUGAGUCGAGUCCAUGGAGAGCCAGUCAGUGACUUCAGUGAUAUUGACUAACAGAGAUUCUCUAGCAAGGCAUGAAAAAUACCAGAGACUUGAACUCUACUAAUGAACCUCUUUGUCUAAAAGAAUGUAUUGAAGAUACAACCCCUUAAUUGUUGAUUCAGUGGCUGAGUUCUGCAAACUUGAAAUAGUUGAGCAAUUCUUCUAAAUCACCAUUGCCAUAUUGAUUAAUUAUUUUAUUGUGUUGUAGAUUGGAGGAUUUUCCACUAAACCUGUUAAAAUGUCUUGUUCAUAGUGUUCAUAAUUGUACAUAAAUGUAUAUUCAACACUUAACUUAUUCUGAUUUUAGAAGUAGCUCCUUAAUUCCUUUUAUAAUUUUGUUGGGGAGGGAAUUGGUUUUUGUUUUUUCCAUGCUUUUUACUUUUUUUUUUUUCUUUUUCUUUCUUCCUGAGGUUAAGUUACCUAAGCACCAUCUUCCAGCUUGAGGUGUUUAGUGGAUCUUAAAGCCUAAUAUCAAAAUGGCAUCAAAUAUAUGUUUGCCUAAAUCAUAUUACAGUAUGGUGCUGCUUGUAUCAUUUCUUCCUUGGUCUGUAGCUUCUGAAAAAGACUUCUGAAUGUUUGUGUAAAUUGUUGCUUUUUGCACAAAGUACCACAUAUUUAAGAUUGAUGUAAAUUUACAAUUACAAAUAUGUAUUUUAAGAAAGGAAGUUGCGUUAUUUUGGAGGGUACUUUGUGAGAAAGACAUCAAUAAAAAUGAUACUAUGUACAUCACUUGCAAAUCACCAAAAACACUCCAUUGUUGCCCAAAAUGACUUAAGGUUGUUACUGUUUUAAACAAACCUGGCUUAAAGCCUGCAAGCACAUUAUUUCUUUCAAAACCAUAUCCCAUUUAUCUCCCAUUGGUUUAAUUCUGUUGAUAUGUGUGCCUCCCUGUGUUUUAUUUAUUGUAGAAAAUGUAUUAAUUUGCUUUAUAAUGAAAAAUAAAAUUGACAAAUAUAUUGAUAUGCAUUUUUAUACAGGCACAUGAGAAGACAACUUGCUUUGGGAGAAAAAUGUAUUGGAAAUUGUAUAAAAUAACUCGAUGGUUUGUGUGUAAUUCGGUUUUUUGGUAACUUGUAAUCUUUUGUUUCCAAUGAGGGGAUUUAUGUAACUUUUAAUUUAGAACACUUUGGUAGCAAUAGAAACUUUGGAUACAUUUUUGUAUGGUACAUGUGAUGUAUAUAGAAUUAGUACUUUAUUUUUAUUUUUAAGAAGUAAAGCAUUAUGUUUGGGCAGGGGAAAGAAGGAGGGUGGGUUUCCAGAACUGCAUUUUUAUAUUAAAAAGAAAAAAAAAUAAAGUCAAGAUAUUGAUUGUUGUAGCUACUUUAUUCCUACCUUCACUGAGAUACUGAAUUUGUAACAAUGAAAAUGGCAAGGUAUGUUUGCAAUGUGAUUUAUAAUGGCUCCAUUAUUUAUAAAUGCACUGUGUUUGAACUCUUUUUUGCAGUGAUAUCGUAAAUACUGUACCGAGUUAUAUAAUAUGAAACACCAAAUAAUGCAUAUGAAUGCACGAAGUAUUUAUGCCCAGCUUUUUUAUAAAGGAUUAGCAAAUACAGCAAAACCAAUACUUUUUAAAUCUUUUUUUUAAAACUUCAUUGAAUAGCAUACUUCAUUGUUAAACCUGCUUGAAUCUUUAUUUUAAAGGGACAAUUACUUUUUAAAUAGUUUUUAAUGUUUUUAUUCUCUAUUGUUUGUAAUACCCCCGUAGAAGCUUGAAAUAAAAUUUCUUUCUCAACUGUAAGUUUUGUCCUGAAUUUAGCCCCUGAGAUUUUGCUGCAGUGCCCAUUUUCUUACUCCAUGACUGAGCUGUUGCAGAGGCGCUGGGCCAAGAAGCUGAAUGUUCUCCUGAGGCACCCAGCAUUGUCCUUGGUGAGCCCUUUGCACAGGAGGUGUUCCAGUUAGCUGAGACCAGUCGCCUGCGAUGGACCCUGGUGAUUAGGGAUGAGUUGGAUAAAUUUCACAAAUGAUCAAGCAAACAGUUUUUUCAGACUUGACAGCAGACACAGCUUUAGAGAGAGCAGUGAUGGCAAGUACCCUGCAAGGACCGUCACUGAGGUGUGCUGCUCUGAUGGCCACAACAGCCACAUCAGUUAGAAAAAUUACAGUCUGGUUGUUUGCAUUUAAUAUAAUGACUUCAAGGAUCUGACAUAUAAUCAUGCUUUUCUUUAAAGGGACUGGAGCCUGCUUUGGGCAGUGUUGAGACAGUAGAACCACUUGUCAUCAUUAGCACUCUGUUAAGGGUAUUAAAAAACAUAAGCUGCAUCAGAUUUUAUUUCAGGCUGGUUCCACAAAAUGUACUCAGAUUUUGUAUGUGUAAAACUAGCUAAUGAUUCACAACCUCAUUUUGGUGCACAGAGAAAUAGGCCUUUUUUCUGUCUUGGACCUUGGAAAGCUGAAAUGCAGUUACAGCCGAAGUUGGAAGAUGGCAGUACUUGUGUGAUAAGGAUGUUGAUACCUGUGAAAUACAAAGUGCCAGUAAAAAUGAAAGCACAGAGUGACAAAAUGAUUCUUCAGAAGGCUUCCCACGUUCUCAGUUGCCUCGCACACGAGCAACAUUGCAGGGGGGAAAAGAGUUCAUUUUUGCAAUUGUAUUUGAACUUUUUUAAAAAUCACAUUGUCAGGGAAAGCUCUAAAUUCUAGUUUGAAUUUUGCUCUGACUUCUGAGUUUUAUUUUAUGACUUUUCUGUUCAGAGAUGGUUUCAUCAGUUUUUGGAGAAGGAAAAUGUGCUGCCUUCAUCUUACAUUGGACUCUAUGCACUUAUGAGAAUUAUGCACUUAUGAGCUGGAAAACUACUGAUUAAAAGAAGUUUGUUAAGUAUCCUGAAAAAGCAGGCUGCAUCGCCUUCUGAUGAAACUCACACGAAAGGCUCAUUUAUUUUUGUUUUGGUUAUGUGGUGGAAACUGUCCCAGGAAUUCUUCCUUGACCCUGUGAGAGGAGGCUGCAGCAGUGUCAGUUGCUGUUCCCAUACUCUUGUGAUGGAGUCCAGUAUCAUCUAGUGGCUCUUGAGAUUGGGUUAAAGUUUAAAAUAAUUACUCAGAAAUAAAUCAACAAAAUAGAGUGGAAAUUAGUAUUCUAAUGGAGAGAAAAGCCGGAACACCACAUGAAGCUUACCAGCUUCUUGGGGAGUGUUACAGUUAUAAGUUCAGGGUGUAAGUUUGCACAUUCAAUGCUCAGUUCUGGUGUGAUCAUUUCCUGUUAAUAGAAGUGUGAGACCUACAUCAUCAGAUGAAACAAUGUGAAAAUGUCUUUUAUUGUAUCAAAAUAUGAACAAUUAUUGUAUAAGUAUUUGGGGGGGAAAUGUGAAUAGAGAAUAAUGUUUUUUUUAAAAAAAGUUUGUUACCGAUGUCUGAUUUUUUUGGGGAAUGUUUGUUGUGAUUUUCUGUCUUUUACACUAGAGGGAGCAAUGCACACAGACCAUCAACAUCUACAAAAUAAGUAUUCAGUUUUUUGUUUUCAAAAUGCUUCUGUGAAAACUUACUGUUUGUAAACAGUAAGUCUUUUUUGCUUCUAGUGUUUCUAGUCCAUCCAAAGUAGCUUUCUCUGUUCUUGCUGCAAGUGGGCUGAUUCAGGAAUGCUUAAUUUUAACUCGAGCUACAACGAAGUACAAAUAACUGGAUUUUCUGGCUCUCAUGUCUCAAGUGACAGAUGAGUAACUUCUUACACUUUUAUUUAGUUGUUGAUUUUCUUUUCACAGUUGCAUUCUGUACUGUUAGAAAAUGACUCAAAGGUGGUUGCUGCUGGUAGCACAGUGCAAGUCAAACACAUCCAUUAACAGAAAUAUUCACGUUUGGAGGUGAAGGUUCCAGGUGAGACAGUUUCUCUGUCCUGUAGCCUGGCAAGGGGAGGUUGUCUUGAGGAUGUGUGCUAUGGAAUCAAAUAAAUUCAUCUCAGUCUUUUGAUCAUAUGGAUAAAGGUUCUUGUUAUGAGAGAACAAACUUUAUCACUCCCACUAUAUUAUAACAGAAAAUACAGAAGUGAAAUGGAAAUGGAGGAGACAUUUACAGUCCACAUCCUUAGUACCU